UCCCGCCUCCUUUCCUGUGAGGUCAGGCUCUGUUUUUGUUGGGGGCCGUUGGUCAGUGAGCAGCCGGAAAGAAUACGAAGUUAACACAUUUAUUGUGAACAAACGACUUUGCAGGUCACACAGAUAGCGGAGCAUGUCGGACACGGAGACAAAGCCCUCAAGUCAAGAUGGAGGAGACAAAAAGGAUGGAGAGUACAUCAAGCUUAAGGUUAUUGGUCAGGACAACAGUGAAAUUCACUUCAAAGUGAAGAUGACGACACAUCUAAAGAAGUUAAAGGAGAGCUACAGUCAAAGACAGGGUGUUCAUAUGGAUUCUCUAAGGUUUCUCUUUGAAGGACAGAGAAUUGCAGACAACCAAACUCCAAAGGAGCUGGGAAUGGAAGACGAGGACGUCAUCGAAGUGUAUCAGGAACAGACCGGCGGACUUUGGAACAAUUAGACUUUAUAUGUUUCCUCCCUCUAUUUUUUUAUUUUAUUUUUUAAGUAUGACUUUUUUUGUUCCUCUUAGAGAGAAGUGUCUGAAACCAUCUGAGUCAAACUGAUGCUCCACUAGGGCUUUGGGUAGGCCAAGGGCAGAGAGGAGGUCUGAAAGGAAUUGUGGACUGCUCAGCUCCCCCCUUUUAAGACACAGGACAGCAUGCGAAGAGAGGGGUUAAAUGUAUACUGCAGGGAGAUUCUAGCUAUGGUAGCAUGGGAUAUUUUUCCUCAAGGCUGUUGUUGUAUUUUGGCAACGUCAAUGAUAUACCAUAAACCCCAGAACUUUCUCAUAAUCAAAGCACCGUUCAACACCUGCUUUUAAAGACUCACUGUCUAAGUUUGUUUCUGUACGUGCAUCAAAAUAAUGCAAACACUGGCUAAAGUCAAUGAGUAGAAGCCAUUGCAGAUUAGAUGUAAUAUUUCAGUGCAAUCCUUUUCUUUCACAUUGAUUUCCUAGAGUGGUUUUGUUGUUGUUGUUUUAAACAAGAAUAUGAGAUCUUAAUGUCCUACUUUGAAGGUGAGAAAGUAUGAAGUGUCUCCAACAAUAGAAAGUAGAAGUACUGUAUAUUGGGCUAAAUUUUCAUCAUCAGCUAAAGUCCUUUGUGGAAGAUACCAUGCUGACUUAUAAAUGUUUAGUAAAGCCUAGAGCAUAUGUUAUCAUUUUAGAUUGGAUUUAUCUCUGAAUUGCCAUUUUAAGUGUGAGAAGUUUGCCAGGAUUCUGGGUGAAAAAAAGUGCAAAAAAAAUUGCUUGCUGGAAACAGUUGGUCAGUCACAGUACGUGCUCUAUAACCCUUUAGUUCAUCACCAGUUCAGUGGGCUGUACCGUGGGGCUCUGAGAUUGUUGCAGAGUCUGGAGGCGGUGACUUACAGUGUGAUUUCAGAACCUGUGUGUCAGCCCCGAUUCUGCAGCAGCCCUUUGUUGAUGUGCAUCGGGUCAAAACACAGUACAUUCUGAACAUGUUGACACAAAUCUGAUUUGGAUCAUGAAAUAAAUCACUCUGUGUGAUUACUGGAGUACAGGGACUUCUUUUCAGCAUUCUAAUUUAUUUUAGGAAAGAAAGCAGCCAUUGAAAGGAAAAUCCAUUCAUAAACAUUGUCCUCCCAUUAUGUUUUGUGAACAGUUUUUGUCUGGCUUUAUGUAUGGGUAGACAGUUUUUUUUUUUGUAUUGGCACACCAUUCCACAUUAUUGUGCUUUUUUUGAAGCUAAAAUCAAUAAUGAAUUGUCAUUCAUACUAUUACAGAAUGGCAUGUUUGCCACUGCCCCUCAUACCACUGUGCUGAACCUUGGAAGCCCUGUGUCACCAUAAACUUGUACAUCCUAUUGUUUUGUUGUGGUUGUGGCAGCACUUGUUGAUGGGGUCAUUGUACAUAACUUCUCUUCCUAGGGAGAAACGUUGCUCUGGAUGGUUUUAGGCUAUAGGAAGAGGGUUUUUUAAAUAAAAUUUUCCAAAAGCUAAAGCGUGGAUGAAUUCUCUCACAUUUAUUCCAGCUUCAUUAGAUCUUGCCGUACAUGCAAAACGUGGUAUUCAUUCAUAAAACAGUGCAUAUAUGGGGUGUACAUGCCAUUUGGCUUAUUCACAGAAGAACAAAGCCCUGUGGAAACACUGUUUAAAUUAAGUGGCAAUAUAUUAAGGUGAUUUAAUACAUAUUUCAUGAAGAUCCUCAGACCUGAAGCCAGAGAACAGGUCUACACACGUUAGCCAGUGACUCACCAAUUGGGCAUUUUAAAAUAUGGGCCGUGCUCAUCCGUGUUGCCAUAACUAUCUUCUUAACAUGGGCAAGUGCUGUGUUCUUUGAAUUUCAGGAUUUUGGCAAGAGCCCCA